GCGACAUGCAGCAUGACGUCGACGUGGUCGCCUUCGAUACCGAGGCGUCUGACAUCUACCGUGAGAACCUCGCCGACAGCUUUAGCGACCACAACCUCUGGGACUGCAGCGUCUGCUCGUUCCACAACCACCCCGCCAAGCGCCGCUGCGACCUCUGCCAGACGCCACGCGGGAUUGACCAGGGUACGUUCAAGCUCCUCCAGCAGCUUCAUCAGCGCGAUCUGAAAGACCAUGGCCGCAAAUCCAAAGUGGAAAAGACAUUGGUGCACGUCCCAGCGUUCCCGCUGAGCAAGCUCCAGAUCGCCGCAAGCCGACGCAAGCAGUGGAAGCGCAUGCCGGGCGCCGACGGGCUCCACCGCUGGGUCCGGGAGACGCGCAAAGGACGACGACGCUCCAACUCGUGCAGCAACCGUGACCCGGUCGACAUUAUCCUUGGCGACUUUCCCAGCGACCGCAGCGGCGACGACCGCGAGAGCUCCACAUCCGUGCACUCGAUCGGCUACAUCCGCGUCCGCGACUCGACGGGCAAGCUCGUCCUGAACGAAUCCGACACGGUCGCAACCGACUUCCACUACAAGAUCAACAUGGCGGGCACCGAUGUGGUCAUGAACCUCGAGGAGCUCACGAUGCUGCCGUUUGCGCAAAAGAUCAAGUGGUUCUCGACCGAGAUUCACCGUCUCUGGUUUCCAUGGGAGUCGGGCCACGUCGACAUUGUGGUCCGACGCGAGAGCAUCCUCGCCGACUCGUUUGACCACAUCAUGCUCCUUAAGCCGCACCAGAUGCGGCAGCGCUGGCGGGUGUCGUUCGUUGGCGAGCCUGCCCUCGACGCCGGUGGCGUCCUCCGCGAGUGGCUCACGCUCCUCUGCGCCGAGCUCUUCCACCCGUCGCUGGGCCUCUUUGUCCCGACCGUCGGCGACGACACGAGCUACUGGGUCCACGCGGGCUCGGGCUUUAGCCAGCCCAACCACCUCGACUAUUUUUCCUUUGCGGGACGCAUUCUCGGGAAAGCGCUCCUCGAAGAACAGCUCAUUCAAGUGCACCUGGCACUGCCGCUGCUCAAGCACAUGCUCGGCGUGCCCAUCUCGUUUACCGACCUCCAGUUCCUCGACGACGAGCUCUACCGCAGUCUUCUGUGGCUUAAGCGCGCAACCGACGCCGACGCGAUCGCCGCGCUGUGCCUCGACUUUACCGUGACGCGCAAGGUCUCGAACGGGAUUCAAGUCGUGCCGUUAGCACCCAAUGGCGACGCAAUUGAUGUGACGCCCGUGAACAAAGCGGCGUACAUCGACCUCCUCUUCCAGUACCACAUGCUCGACAGCGUCUCAAUCCAGCUGCUCACGUUGCUCGCGUCGCUCUACUCGGUCGUGCCCGAAGGUCUCCUCAAGCUCUUUGACUACCAAGAACUGGAGCUCCUCCUCUGCGGGGUGCCGUCAAUUGAUACGGAAGACUGGCAACGGCACUCGGAGGUCAAGUACGUGACGCCGCUCGUGCCGACGGAAAUCGAGCUGCGGAAUUGCCGGUGGUUUUGGGCCAUUCUCAACAACAUGGCACCGCAAGAGCAAGCGCGACUGCUGCAGUUUGUGACCGGCAGCUCCCGCGUGCCCGCGCAGGGGUUCAAGGCGCUCAUUAGCAGCGACGGCCGCGUCCAGCCGUUCAACCUGUCCUUCUGCGGCCCCGAGAUUGGGAAUCUGUACCCGCGAGCGCACACGUGCUUUAACCGUCUCGACUUGCCCGUCUACGAGACCAAGGACGAGAUGACCAAGUACCUCACGCUGAUUGUCAACAUGGACAUUACCGGCUUCACGAUCGAGUGACAUGCUCGUUCUAUCGCCUACUACACUGCUCGCCAUCGGUAUAG